AUGGUCACGUCCAAGCCAUUCUUGCCGGCCGAGCUCAUAGCGACGGUACUAGAUUAUUUGCCCGUAGACGACUUGCUUCGGUUCGCUCGUGUGUCGCAUAGGCUGCAGGAAAUGGUAUACGACGACACAAGAUGGAUACAAAAGUUGAAAUCUAUGGGUGCCUGGAAUGAAGCUGAGGCCAGACAGCGAGUGGAGGAGGCCAUGAAGAGGAAGACCGAAGCACAACUCGCGAAGCAGGCUUCAAAUCAGCAAGGCAUCAAUGGAACCACUGCCGUCAGGCCGCAUGCUGGCAGUGUGACGCUUUUCGACGCAGGCGUUGAAGAGGAGAAAGUGCGAAAGUCGCUCGACACGCGCCAGAAACCGCCUCCGAGACGGAAGGGCACGCUGGCAGAUGGCUUCGACGAGCUUACCGUGUCUGGGUCGCCGUCUUCGCCAAUCCAGGAUCAGCUGGAUACUCAAGCUGCGCUGCAAGUCUUCAACCGCGUGAGGUCGGUGCGUGGGUUUGCGAGACAAGAGUUUGGCAAAAUACAUGGUGCGCUUGGUCCAAUAUACUUCGAUCUCGCCAAAUCCAAAGGUCACGCAGACGCGCUCAUAUUCCGAACGUAUCGUGAUCCGGAGCAACAGGCCCAAAUCCUCAGUAAUCUGAAGCGAUUCUCGAAAUGUGAUCUAAGCGCAGGCUGCGAACAGCGCGAAGAAAGACUUGACUCCAUGAUAGGCGUCUUCGAGAAUGCCGUGCUGAGGGAGUUUGACCAAGGCUACAUAGCUGGAGAUGCCACAGGAAGGAUGCAUCGUUAUGCGCAUGUCCUGAUCACACUCAAUGGAGGAUCGGCUGUCGUCGAUGCAUUCAUUUCUAAUCAUCCUUUAUUGACUCGGGCUAUGCGACUGCCUAAGGCUUCGGACUGCCUGGAGGGCUGUGCUCCCGGACAUGUUGACCUGAACGCAUCGCAGCGAUACUUCGAGCAAUUGGCCAACGUUUUGUUACGACAAGCCGAGAUAAUCGACCAAGUCUUUCCGCCAUCGCUCGACGUUCUCACGAUUUUCUUCCACCGCAUAUGCGAACAGAUAAUCUCCGACUACUUGACAGCACUUUUCGAUGAAGCGCACAGUAAGGACCUUGAGACUUAUGUGAAGGCAGUAGCUGGAACUCUUGCCCAAGCACUCCGCUUGGUAGCAUCGCUGAAGCCAACCAAAGCUUCCCCGCCAGAUUUUCUCGAUACGGCCAAGAAGACCAUAACGCAAUGCUUCGACAAGCAUGUCGGACUUUACUUGGCAGAAGAAUAUGAUGUCUUUCGGAGCAAAGCCGAAGCCGGUGUAAGUCAGUGGGAGAAGGAGCUCUCUGAACAAGAAGCGACUACAGAGGCGUUCUUCAUGUCAAACCUUAACCGACAAGCUGCGAAGCGUGACUUUCUGUCAUCCUUCAAAAAGGUGGUCAUGAUGCCGGUCAAUGUUAUCGGUGCGCCAUUCGCGUCUGCAAAACCUCCUGACAGCGUUGUAUCGAGAUCAUCGGCCAACUUGAACACAGUCGACACACCGUACACUGGUGGCAGACCUGGGACGCCGAAUUUGUCAGGCGCAGGAACAUCACCAAAUAGACCGUCAACACCUGCUCAAGAAGCACCAACCACUGAGCUGGCCGCCAAGACCGCCAUCUUGAACUCCAGACUGGAGGGCAUCAAGUCGCUGUUCAGUAUUGAAGUUGCUCUUAACCUGACGCAUCUCGCCAAAGCCUCGAUUGAGCGAACAUCUUUAAUGGUCCAAAUAGGUGGUGAGGACGGCGAAGAAGCAAAGAAGCAAUGCAAUGCCAUCUUCACGACGAUGCUAGAUAUCCUUGGCAAUCGGCACAUUAAGAAUGGCUUUGACAAGGCCCUCGGACAUCUCGGUCAAUACAAUCCUCGGAAAUUCAAGCAAAAUCAGCAAGAGUCCGAGACUCAGACGGCUAGUCACAGCGCCCAUGUUGGUGUGGAACCAUUGGUGACUUUUUUAGAGCUGGUCAAUGUGGGUGACCUCAUUCAGCAAAUGAUCGACGUUUUCUAUUCCCAAGAACUCGUUGCUACUAAGCUCCUGGACUCUGACGACUUCCUUAACCCGGCAGUCAAGGACAAGAAGAAGUUUGAGCAGAUGCUGGACGAACGAGUGGCUGCUGGUCUGAACAAAGGUAUAGAUGUACUCAUGGACGAGGUCGAAUACAUCUGUGCAACUACACAGACACCCACCGAUUUCAAUCCCGGCUCUCCAGGUAUCGUGGACAUCGGACCCAGCACCACAGCCAAGCAGAUUGUCGAUAUGGUUAGCGGACACACUGGCAUGCUUGUGGGUAGUACCGAAAAGAAUAUGCUGGAUGUCUUCAAUCAAGAAGUGGGCUUGCGGCUGUUCACGGCCCUGUGCAAGCACUUCAGGCGGCAGCGCAUAAGUGUGGAUGGCGCCAUCAAGCUCAUCAGCGACAUCAACCAUUACCACUCAUACGUAUCUACGCUUCGACAAAAGUCGCUGCUGCCCUACUACGAAGCACUUCGCGAGUUGUCACAGAUCUACCUAACGAUUACAGCCAAGCAAGCGAAGGAGUUGGCGACUAUCAUUGCGGACUCGCAGCGCUAUCACGGCAUUUUCCCAACCGAGGAAGUGUAUGAGUUUGCUGAACGCAGGGCUGAUUGGUAUCUUGUGAAGGCAUAUGUGGAGUCUGCCAUGUAUGGAGUCGGCUGCUCACUGAUGUGA